AAGGAGCCUCCCCUUAACAUUAAUUAUGUGAGCACAAAACACAUUCUUCACACAAAAAUGGCUAGAAAUCUUAGAAUUACACCGCUACUCCUUCCCCUCUUGUUCCUAACGACCCUGAUCAAAACAUCUCACGCCGGUGGCAUCGCCAUCUACUGGGGUCAAAACGGCAACGAGGGAACACUAACCGACACCUGUGCCACCGGAAGAUAUUCGUACGUAAACAUAGCCUUCCUCAACAAAUUUGGCAAUGGCCAGACCCCGGAAAUCAACCUCGCCGGCCAUUGCAACCCAGCAUCCAAUGGGUGCACAAUAGUAAGUGAAGGCAUUAGAAAUUGCCAAAAGCGUGGAAUCAAGGUGAUGCUCUCCAUUGGAGGUGGAGUUGGAAACUACUCUCUAGCUUCUCCAUCGGAUGCAGAAAACGUAGCACAAUAUUUGUGGAAUAAUUUCUUGGGUGGGAAGUCAUCGUCACGUCCAUUAGGUGAUGCCAUAUUGGAUGGCAUAGACUUUGACAUAGAGCUCGGCUCAACUCAAUACUGGGAGGACCUUGCAAAGUACCUAAAAGCAUAUAGCAAGCAUGGAAGAAAGGUGCACUUAGGCGCAGCUCCGCAAUGUCCAUUUCCCGAUGCAUUUCUUGGCACCGCGCUUAACACACGCCUUUUUAACUACGUUUGGGUUCAAUUCUACAAUAAUGCUCCGUGCCAAUAUAGUUCCGGUAACAUCACUAACCUAGUAAAUUCAUGGGACCGGUGGACGACGUCGAUAAAGGCUGGUAGGAUAUUUUUGGGUUUACCGGCAGCUCCUCAGGCAGCCGGAAGUGGGUAUAUUCCACCUGACGUGCUGACUUCUCAGAUUCUUCCCAUCAUUAGGAAAUCACGAAAGUAUGGAGGUGUGAUGCUUUGGUCAAAGUAUUAUGAUGAUCAGACUGGAUAUAGUUCCGCCAUUUUGAAAAGUGUAUGAAUUAUGCUUUGUCUUUUUCAAAUGAUAUUUUGAGUUGCAUGCAUGUGUAUCUUUUUCAAUCCAAGAUCGAUCUUGACGAUAUGGUUCUUGGUUUUUAAAAAUAAAUGAAGAAAUAAAAGAGAAAUAAUUGUGUGUUAUUUAA